AUGGCUGCUGCGAGAGUGAUGGGGCCACUCAUUGAUGUGGUGAAAGAGGCGGUGCUGGCAGCAGUGAGAGAGGAGCUGGCUGCACACGAGGAGGAGGUGGAUGAGUUGCGGCACAUGCUGAAAGCAGUGAAGGGGGAGAACGAGGUAAUUGUUGCUGUGAUGGAGGAGAAGGAGGGGGAGCUGGUAUUUGUGAAGGGGGAGCUGGCAGCAGUAAAAAUGGAGUUGGGUGAGCACAAGCAGUCAGCUACGUUGCAGUUGGAGGAGGCUGAGGAAAAACGAGUCGCAGAGAUGAGAGAUAUGGGAAGGCGGGUGGAGGAGAACGAGAGGGAGUUGGCUGAAUACAAGGAGGCUGUUAAAGAACAAUGGGAUGUGGCUGAGAGUAAAAAGGAUUUGGAUAUGAGAGAGCUGAAGGAUGAAAUGAGAGCGGAGUUGGCAAAGGAAAGAGAGGAGAGGAGGAAGGAGGUGGGGGGAAAAUCAAGCCAGCACUACACGAGACCUGUCUCGAUUUGA